UUGUUUACCCGCGGCGACCAACAAGGCUGUCUGUGGUAUCUCUGCAAAUAUCAAGAUAAGUGAUGAGCGAAUAAACAACCAAGACAAGAGUGAGUGAAAAUCAGCGUUGACAUAAAGGAGACAGCUUGGCAAGUCAAUCCCAGCCAGAGGAGCGUUGGUAGCUCAUCCAAUUAGCAGAAAUGUUUGUGGCCAAGAGUCUGAACGCCGAACACAAGGAUCUUAUUCACGAUGUGGCCUUUGACUUCUAUGGGCGACGCAUGGCCACGUGUUCCAGUGACCAGAGUGUGAAGAUUUGGGACCUUAAUGAGGAGAGGGAGUGGGUGUGCACUGCCUCAUGGAAGACUCACUGUGGGUCUGUGUGGAAGGUGACAUGGGCUCACCCUGAAUUUGGCCAAAUCAUUGCCACCUGCUCAUUUGACCGCACAGCAGCCAUUUGGGAGGAGAGUGUGAGUGAUUCUGGGCGUGGCAUCCAUAGCACCUGGAUCAAGCGUGCAGGCUUAGUUGACUCACGUACUUCAGUAACAGACAUUAAAUUUGCUCCUAAGAUUCAAGGUUUGCAGCUCGCCACGUGUUCAGCUGGUGGAGUGGUAAGGAUAUAUGAAGCACCUGAUGUGAUGAAUCUCAAUCAGUGGUCGCCACAAUAUGAAAUCAAUUGUAAGCUGCAGUGCUCCUGUAUCUCAUGGAAUCCUUCACCCUCCCGGCUCCAUGCACCGCUAAUAGCUGUGGGAAGUGAUGAUCCCAAUACAUCUUCAGGACCAAAAGUGUUUAUCUAUGAGUUCUCAGCCAAUACACACAAGUGGAACCGUGUUGACAGCCUGGUGUCAAUAAGUGAUCCAGUGCAUGACUUGGCCUUUGCUCCAAACUUGGGCCGGUCCUACCACCUGUUGGGUAUUGCCACCAAGGAUGUAAGAGUAGUGACACUACGGCCUGUCAAGCAAGAGUCAGCACAGAGCCAGGGCAAUUCAAUGUCCUUUGAGGUGCGUCAAGCUGGUCAGUUUGAUGAUCACAACUCCACUGUCUGGCGGGUCUCCUGGAAUGCAACUGGAACUAUUUUGGCCUCCUCUGGGGAUGAUGGAUGUGUGCGCCUCUGGAAAGCAAACUACUUGGAUAUCUGGCGGUGCAUCUCAACUAUGCGUGGUGACACUGUAGAGAAUGUAGCUGAGGCUGACAGCUCUGGAGGCUCAACACAGCAGAUGGGGACAGCUUCCACCGGCCAGCACACGGCCAGAUAUUUCAAGCUUGCCCCCACUGCCCAUCCAGCUCACUUACAAUGGCAUUGAUGUGAUUCUAGUAUAGAUUCUCUCUCUCUCUCUCUCUCUCUCUCUCUCUCUCUCUCUCUCUCUCUCUCUCUCUCUCUCUCUCUCUCUCUCUCUCUCUCUCUCUCUCUCUCUCUCUCUCUCUCUCUCUCUCUCUCUCUCUCUCUCUCUCUCUCUCUCUCUCUCUCUUCCCUAAUUAGAUAACCUCAGCCUCUUCUGUUUUGAAACUUUUGAAUUAUAGGAAGAGCAUUAUCAGUGUAAGCAUGAGUGUGAUUUUUUAAAUUACCAAACAUUUCAGUGUCAAACUGACAACAUAUUCAGUGGCUAGAAAAAUAUUCAUUAAAAUGCAGUAAGAGCAAUAUAUGGAUAGAAAAGCUAAGAUCAAGUAGUAUAUAGAGAAACAAAUAACAACAUACUAUUUAGUGUUAGUUGGUUAGUUAGUCUUGAUAUGUUGUGAUAUUAAGAUGUAUAUUUCAUCUUGAAAUGUGGAAUAUCACACUUCUUUCUUUUUUUACAAUGUAAGUUUGUCAUUUAAAUAUUUGGUAAUUUGAAUAAUCAUGUUCAUUCUUACAUUAGCAUUGCUUUUCUACUGAACCUGCAGUUCCCAUACAACUAUUUCCUCUCCAUUUUAUAACUUUCUGAAGUAAUCAUAUUUUUAUAAUGAAUACUUGAAUAGCAUUAUGAACAAGAACGAAAUGACAUAUUAAAGUAAAAAUAUGAGAAGUGUUUGUACAUUCUUUAGACUUUAGGUAUGGAAAUUCGUAUUCAUAAACUUGUGAAAAAUUACUUUUAUGAUUUUCCUGUCACAAUUACUGUGUUAUGCAUGACUGAAUAUUGAUUACAGCAGUUUUGCAUGAAUAUU